UGUGACGUUUUAUAGGUUAAAAAUUUAAUGGCGUUGAAACAGCUGGUGAAAUAAAAUUUAUUUGUGGUGUGGCAAAAAAAUUAAAAUUCAGGAUUAAAAAAAAGUUAAUUAUGGCUAGUCCACGAACACGUCGUGUUUUAGCUGAAUUAAAACCAAGUGAUGAAAAUAAUAGGUGCUUUGAAUGUGGAGCACAUAAUCCACAAUGGGUUUCUGUCACAUAUGGUAUAUGGAUUUGUCUUGAAUGCUCAGGAAAGCAUCGAGGACUUGGAGUUCAUUUAUCAUUUGUUCGUUCAAUUUCAAUGGACAGAUGGAAAGAUAUUGAAUUAGAAAAAAUGAAAGUCGGUGGCAAUAGAAAAGCACGUGAAUUCUUUGAAUUACAAUCUGAUUGGGAUGAUUCAAUGACUAUUUCUCAGAAAUAUAAUACAAAAGCUGCUGCACUUUAUAGAGAUAAAAUUGCUACAACUGCCAAAGGUGAACAAUGGAAUUCAUCUACAUCGAGUGCAAAGGAUUUUGUCAGCAGUACUGUUUAUGAGAAUAAAGAAUAUAAUUCAUACCAAAAUGAACAAGGAGAUUCUUAUGAAAAUUUCAAUACACCAGCAAUGAAAUCACAAACAGAAUCAUUCUUUGCCAAAAAACAACAUGAAAAUUCUUUUCGUCCAGAUAAUCUACCACCAAAUCAGGGGGGAAAAUACGGAGGUUUUGGAUAUCAAAUGGAAGCACCGCCAAAAAGUUCUUCUCAAGAAUUUUUCGAUACUGCAGUUUCUUCUCUAGCGAGCGGCUGGUCCGUUUUUUCUUCGUCAGCAUCAAAAAUUGCUACAAAAGCCACAGAAAAUGCUAUUAAAAUUGGAGGAUACGCCACUCAAAAGGUAUCAGAGAUUUCAGAAACUGUAGGUGAUAAGGUACGAGAAGGUACUCUAUUGGGAGACGUUGGUUCUCAAGUUAAUACUUUAGCUGCUAAGGUUGGAGAUUUGGGUAGACGAGGAUGGGGCGAUAUUAGCGGAACCAAUUCCUCCGAACAGAGUCGCUAUAAUUCCCAAGGAAAUUAUCAAAAUUCAAAUAGCUAUGAGGAUAAUUUGAAUAGAAAUGAUUACACAAAUGAGAAAUCAUCGCUGGUUUCUGAUUCUAAUCUCAAAUCGAGCGCAUCAACGACAAAUACAUCUUCGCACGAUUGGAAUUGGGAAUCAAAACCACGAUCAAUGUCGGAGGCAUCGAUGGAAAGUCGAUCAUCAUCAACAACAACAACAACAUCAACAAAACGAAUUAAAGAAAAACAAACAAAACAAGAAUCAUUAAUGAGCUUUGAUAAAGAAACUCCUGGUUAUAAUUCAAAAUUAGAAGAUGACGCUUGGGAAAUAUUGAAGGAUUAGUGAAAAAUACAUUUAUUUCUCCACUGGGGGAAAUUAUUAUUUCAGACUCUUCGUGUUUCAACGGGGGUUUAAAAAAAAAAAAAUUUGCAAUUAUUUGCAUUUAUAACGUAUUAUUUAAUAGAGAGAGAAAAGUAACAAAAAUUAAAAAAAAAAAAUGUACAUAAAAUUUGCCGAACAUCGACUAUAAAUGAUUUAAUUUUCAAAUGAAAUCUCUAACUAAAUGUUUAAUGAUGAAAAAACAAAGUAAAGGCUGACGUUAUAUUGGAUGUUGUUAGAUGUGAAAAAUAUCUUUAAUGUUGGAUUUUUAAAGUGACGAAUAUUUUUCCUCUAUUGGAGGGGAAUUUUGUUUUUAUCAUAAAAAUGUGUUAGCAAAUUUUAUUAUUAUACUCGACCAUGUAUAUGUUUAUCUCAUCCUUAUUGUUUUCUUUUUUAUUAAUGAAAUAUUUAAAUAUCAACUACAAGUAUUGCAGUUGAAAAUAUAAGAAGACAAAUAAAACAAAAAAAAAUAUAUAUUACAAAUAUUGGAUGAUUUAUAAAGUAAUGCUUGAAUAUUGAAGUAUUAAAUUUUAGAUAGAGAAGUAAAGAAUGGUGUAGUGCAUUAGUAUAAAUAAAUUUAACUUGUAUUUAGAUAUAAGUAGAUAAAAUUGUGUGUGAAUGACAGUUUUAUGUUAGAAACAAAUUUUUAAUUCAUAUAAAAAAAUUUGACAUUAUUAUUAAUUUCAUUCAUACAUAUUAUGGUAUAGAUAAUUUUAUUUCUGUAUAAUAAUUGUUUAAGAUUUUAAUUCAAAUACUCCAAGAAACUCGGUAUACAAUAGUUGACAAUAGUUUCACGAGUUAUUCCUAUCAAGUUUUAAAUAAUUGUAAAUUUAAAACUUUAUUGUAUAAAAAAAAAAAAUAAUUCUAAAUAUAUAGUUCGAGAAGUUUUGUAUUUAUACAGUGCAUUCCACAUAUAAUUUUUUAAAAUUUAUUCUGUAAAGAAAAAAAAGGGAGAGGCACAAAUAAAUGUCAAGUACUAUAGAA